AUGGAUAGGGGCAUGUCAGAGACGGAUUCGGGGAUGGAUUUUAUUGAACAGUGGGAUUGGCAGCGGUUUAGGGAGGCCGAGAGUAUGGAGUUGGAGGAUGAAGAGGAUAGUGCGAUGCAGACGCAAGUGAGCAUUGAGAAUGGAGAAAAGGUCAAGGAGACGACAAGAGAUGUCAAUCAGAUGGGAGAGGUUGGUGAGGUGGAUCCGAGAGGAUCACAAAGUAUGAUUUUACCACAGUAUGAUGGGCCGGCUGAUGAUGAGGAUGUGAUUGAGGAAAAUGGAUCGGUAUCAAAAAUUGACAUUGACGAUAUUGAUGUGGGAUCGCGUCAAGUAAUUUUGCUACAGUGCGAUGACCAGGCUGUAUCCAUAUCGAAAACCGGGAGCGGAGAUGUCGAUGUGAGCUCUCGACAUGAUGAUACAGCAGCCUCAAAUAUACCUACGGAGGAAGGGUUGAACAAAAACGCUCCCGUGGCCCAAAAGCAAAGAAUGGUUACGGAAGACUUCGAGCCGUACAAGGAAGAGAGUGGGGCAAUUUCGGAAAAACACGAUGAUACGGCAGAUGAGCAAGAAGACCAAGAGAUGAACCUAGCUGGUGACAAAAGCAUUCCGGAUUUCCCUGGAGCGGAGAUUGGCGAUCAAGAAUUGGUCAAAGUUGAUGAACCAGCUCUACUCGAGGAAACUCGUAAGAAUGCUUUAGAGACAAUUACAACAACUACUGAAAUGACAAUUGACUCUAGUCUCAACGCGGAUGUUGAUCCUUUCGGAGGAAAUAUGUGUUUUGAAAAACAAAUCUACGACAAGUCAGAUGAUAAGAUUAAGGAUUCGGGGUCAUCCAGCGAGAAUAUUGUGUCGGAGAGGGGUAACGACAUCUCAAACUCGGAAAAAGCUAUCACCGAGAUGGGAGCUGGGCCAGUAAUUGAUAAACCUAUCGUUGGAGAGAACAAUCAAAUCGAAGAAAUUUGCGGUAAUGUUACAUCUUUGAAUACCACUCAUUCCGAAACGACUGUUGAGACUGAAAAGAUUGUUGACAAAGACGCAAAUUCUGGGAACGAAGAUCAUGGUACCGAAAGCAUUACCAGCGGGUUCCUGAGUAAUGAGGAUUUAAGGGACCUUGAAGGGAAGCCGAGCUCAAUAUCUAUUCUGGAACAAUCACCUGUUGAAUUUGCACCCGGAGACAAUUUCCCGGAAGGAGUCCCGUCAGUAGAUGAGAAUGUCGCGAGUUCUGCGAAUUUAGACAACACGUCAAAUCUUACGCAUAUUCAAGUUCUCAGAAUUCCUAAUCAACUACCUGUGGACGAUGAAAGCUUGGAUGAUGUUGAAUUGCCUUCACUUUCCAGAUUGGAAGCUCCAGUACAGGCAAGACACGUAGAAAUUCCGGAUAGCGAUGCGAUCACAGAAUCAAGUCAACAAUCUCCGCAAAAGCUUAGCCAUAAUGGAAACACAUUCGAUAGCUCGGCGAGAUAUGGAAAGAAUGUGGAAAUGACCAUAGGCGCCGAUGCUGCCAGAGAAGAAAAUGAGGAUGCGGAGGCCGAAGACGUUAUAAGCUCGUUUGGGAGAGAAUGUGCCACAAGCUCCAUCGACCCAAAGAAAAAUCUCAAAGAGCUAGAAAUGAUGGAAUCUGAAACUCCACAGAAUGGAAUAGAUGAUUUUGAUGAGAUUGGAGAGUCCUUUCAGUGUGCGCCGAUUGGUUCUACCGGGAAAGUAGAGGAAUAUUCUAGAGCCGAUGAAGAUGAUAUGGAUAUUCACCCGCCCUCUAUUCAGACAUCACCGCAAAAACCAACAGAUAAGAUGGGUCGAUCGACAGGAAUAAGAAGAUCUCAAAUGGCCAACAGGCAAGCUGACGAAGAAAGUAUCGAAAGCAAAGCAAUGCUUGUCGAAGCUGGCCCAGAUAAGCCGAUAAGUGUGGAAGACAAGGAAGACUUGAGCGUAAGCAGUCCCGUGGCCGAGAGGAAGCAACGAGGCAGACUACCUACCGGGAAGAUUUCUGCAUUAUCUGUCGAUGAGCAUGUCGACAAACUGGAUGACGCAUUGAAACAUAUAGCUUCUACAGAUGCCACAGCAGAUGAUUCCUCUACAAAUAGCCCCGCACCUGAGAAGAGGAAACGAGGACGACCAGCUAGUAGAAAGGUCUCUUUGUUAUCUCCUGAUGGGCUUGCCAUGGAAGAAGAUAAAGCAGCUUUGGAUUCACAAAAAAGCUACGAAGCCACUAUUAUCAACAAAUCAGCUGAGGCAUAUUCAUCUCCCAGAAAACUCCCAGCAGACAAGUUAUAUCCAAGUAACCCUACACCUGAGAAGAGGAAACGCGGAAGGCCGCCCGGGAGAAAAACUUCCACGUUAUCUACUGUUAAGAAUGAUGAUGAUGAUCUUGAGAGAGAGCAGGGUUUGAUGGAUGAGAAGACUAUACAGUCGAACAUCAGUCACAAAUCGACAGAUGAACGACCUGCAAACCCUCCCAUUCAUUUCAUGCAAGAGGAGAAGAGAAAAGGAGUACCGACAGGUCGAAAAUCUUCAGAUUUGAUUCCCGAGAAGAAUUAUUCUGAUGGACCUGACGGAGAAUUGGAUGAGUUAGAUGACGUGACAGCAAUAGCCCCAGUCGAGAUUAUUGAGAGUCAUGAUGAGUCUGGAAUCAACGAUACGAUGGAUGAACUAACUGCGAAUUCGUCUUCACCUGUUAAGCGAAAGAGAGGAAGACCAGCUAGUAGAAAAUCUUCCGGCUUGAGUCUCGAGAAACCCAGCAUUGAAGAAGUUACCAGACAUUAUUCAAGUAAUGUCUCAGUGAUUAUUCCCGGAGAUAUUGAAACGGAACAAGCUACGCCUAGUCAGAAAUCUACUGGAAAGCAUAUUGCUAUCACAUCUCCAUCGGUCAAGAGAAAGAGAGGAAGACCUGCAGGACGUAAAUCUUCUGGGGUUGAAGCAGAACAUACAGAAGCUGACGAGUUAUUGUACGAUGCUUCACCAUUGACUCACAAUGAUGUUGAUGUACAAGCCGCCCCACCUGGAGAAGCACAUGAUGAUUCGGAUGGAAGUUCUUCUGUACGACCGAAAAAAAGAGGUCGAUCUGGUCGAAAGAUAUCUGAACUGAAUUCCGAGAAGAUACGCGUCAACGAAGCUGUCAACGAAAGCUCUAGAAUUGUUGUAACGGAAGAAACCUUAGAGAGCAUUGCUAAGGAGUCCAUAGGUGAUGUUCAUUCCACUGAUGAACUAGCUGAUCUCGAUUCCUCACCAGUGAAGAGAAAGAGGGGAAGACCUGCUGGCCGAAAGGUGUCUCGACUAAGUCCGGAAAAGACAACUGUUAACGAAGCUUCAGAGAAGACUCCAGAUAUCCCAAAUAAGGCAGUUACUGAUGCUAGUGUCUGUGAGCCAGCAUCUGAGACGCAAUCAGUCGACGAGCCGCAAACUUUUGCCAACAAAUCACCCGAGAAGAAAAGAAGAGGUAGACCGGGGAGUCGUAAGGUCUCCGAAGUGACUAAUCCAAACAAGGGGUCCGUUAAACCUCCAGAAGAAAGUCAGGUGGCCAUUGCAUUGCAAGAGACCGUAGGCGUAAGUAUUGAUCAACCAGCUGUGAUCAGUUCUUCGCCAGAGAAGAAAAAAAGAGGUCGACCUGCUCGCAAAGCUUCUAGCUUGAACGCCCGGAAUGCUACCAUGAAGGAUAUGUCGAAUGAUGUUAUUAGUAGUGGUAAGGAUAUCCCGAACGAGAUUGUCGACUCAGAUGAGGAAGAAGAUGCGCUGCUCAAUGAAUCGCCGCCUUCGAAAAAGGUUAAGCCAGGGCCAAGGAUGAGAGGCCGACCACCUGGAACUAAAGACUUGGGUGCCAGUACUGAAGACGCAAAAUCAGGCGAAGAAAAUUUGACAGGGGUAUUGACCGACAGGGCUGAGAGUGGUGGGAAAAAUCAGGUGGUUACACAAAUUGAGGAAAAACCUCCUGCAUCAGAGAAGAAGAAACGAGGCCGACCCUCCACAACCAAAGCUAGGCGAAUCAGUAAUAGCGAUUCUGAUGUUGCAGAAGAAGAGCAACAAGUAAUCGACAAAGGCGAGCUUCGAAGCAUUGAAAGUGAGGACCCUGAUGAAGAAGAAGAAGCUAUCGAACAAGAAGAGCCGGUGAUUGAGAAAAAGAAAAGGGGAAGGCCAAGCUUGCUCAAGAACAAAGGGAAACAGUCCGCAAAAGCCGCAGAACCUGUAGAUAAAGAUGCCACUAUUAACGAUACACCCAUCACAGGUGGUAUCAACACGAAGUUAUCCGGAAGUCAAGUAUCUACAUCGUCAAAUACUUCAGCAUCCCAUCGCCAAGAUGCGUUUUUAGCCGAGAUCAAGGCGAUGAAACUCACAUCAAUCCAAACACGUAAUGCCAGUCUCAAAGCAGAGAUUGCACAAAAACGCGAACAAAUACAGGAAAUCACGGAAGGGUUGGAGAAACCGGCGAAGCAAACGGUCAAGAGACAUAUCAAGUUGUUGCAUGAUUAUAAUGAUAUCAAGGAUGUGGGCCAGGGAUUACUGGGCAUGAUUGCCGAUAACAGGGGUGUGAGGGUUGGGGAACUGUAUGAGGAAUUUGGGGUGGGGAUUGCGGAUUAG